AUGGCAGGUGUGCUGGUCACGAAAUUGGAAAAUCGAUUAAAAAGGGAUCUAGUUAUGUCAAACGCCUCAUAUGUCGAUAAGGAUGUCAAUCUAAACUACCUUUAUGAUGAGGUACAUAUUUUACAAGUCUGGCAGAGCUAUAUUUUACGGGAACUGCAACAGGUGCGAUUUUACGUUGGUCACACAGUUGAUGGCACUUCACAAGAUGGUACCUUGUCGCAUUUAUUGGAUAACAUGUCUCUAUCUGGAAGAAGCGGUGCGUUAUUAGUCACUAGCGAUGGUCAAUUAUAUCAAUGUGCUGAUUAUUCUAUUUCUAUCUGCGGCGCUGUGAACUACGAAAGUAACAUACAAGGCGGGUAUGAUGCAGUCACAAGCAAUUUAGAAACCGUAUUCAAACAAAUAAUAGAAUGGAAUAAUUUGAAUCCAAGUGCUUCCAUCAUCUCACAAAAAAUAAUUUUUCCCCUUCAAACGCAUUAUAACCAUUGGACCUUAGGUUGUCUCAUACUAAACUUUUCAGGCCAAUCUUUGCUCAAUAAAGCUGAGAUAAGCGUUUAUGAUCCAUUUGGUGAAGGUAGUAUCCGCGAUUCGGUAAAGGUUAAAAUAGAAAAUCUACUGAAAGAGGUCUUUAACUCCUCAAAUGUUCAACUCGAUAUGAAGGAUAAUUCAGAUCAUAUCAGACAACAAUAUGACGGUACCUCUUGUGGCGCUAUUACUGCAGAGAAUGGUAAAGACUUGUUGAACGGCGGUAAUGAACGAUUACAAAAGCAAUACUGCAAUCAUACAUCGAGCAAUGAUCUUCGCUUGCGACAUUUGAAAGACGUCAGUACUCCUCAAUUUGCUCAAAGGCAAUGGCAAGCACAAUAUAGUGAUAUAAAAGGCGAUAAAGAAAUCCAAAACAAAGAACAAGUCAAGAAAUCUUUGAUAAAAUGGAUUCAAAAUCUACAGGUCGAAGAUAAAUAUCAAGUAAAGAUGUCAUUCAGAGCUUUAUACAACAUUAGUAAAGAAAUGAUGAAAGAUAAAGGAGAAAACCUGUUUAAAAGAUUAGCUGUCUUACGGAAGAAAGAAAGGGAGAAACCGAAUAAAAAAAAUCAAAAAGAGUCAGGAAAUGGCGAGACGAAAACACUAAAUCAAUCAGGUUUAACUACCGCAGAAAUAAACGAGAUAGAAAAAUACCUUCCCAUACCAUUCGGUAAUCCGGGCCAACUUGAUGCUUUAUCUCAAACUGGUGUAGACCCUGCCAGAUUGAUAUUGACCAAUUUAAAAAAGUUUUUUAAUAAUCAUAAAGAAUCACUAGUUCAAGCUAAUAUUUAUAGUUCAAUUCUGGACGGCGCCAAUCAAUGGCAAGAAGGUAGCAGAAAAUUUCUUGAGGAUUUCUCCAAAACGUACGAAAAUUACAAAAACGCAGGUGUUGCAUCCGCCAAAGGAACUGACCAUCAAACCAGACAAUUAAAAUUAAAACUAUUCUCUUUCCCAUCGCUAAAUUCACUAUUUCAGGAUUGUGGCUGCUCUAAUGCAAGCUGUAUUCAAAUAGAAAAUGAUAUCACUACGAUAAAGUCAGAUGAUGAAACUGCGAUUAAUCUUCUACGCAAACAGAUUAUUCUUGAACUAGAAGACGACAUAGCCGGUCUUGGACAAUUGGUUUACACCGAUAGUGAUUAUCAAACUGGUCUUAAAGAACUGUUAGAUGGGAAAAUCAUUGCACAAGCCCAAAUGUUCUCUCUAAUCUUGAGUCGAAAAGUGACAGACUUGCUCGUUAAGAGUAUCGAUAUAUAUUACCAAAGACAAAUUGGAACAAAACUACAUCCCCCUUCACAAACAGGGCAAGCUGGGGCACACUUAGAAGAAAACGCGCAAGCCUACUUUUUAGCAUUCAUGAUUACCGGCACUGUAGAUCCUAUUUUAGAACGAGAUGAUUAUGACAGUUUAACACUGCAGGCCGCCCCCCAAGGCUUUAAUACAGAUGAUUUUGUUGUUACUUUUGGAAAAGAAAGUGAAGGAAAUAGAUCCCGUCUCCUAUGCCAAGUUAAACGUUCCUUAAAGAAUGGUCUUGGGAAAGCAAUCAGCCAGGCUUGGGAGGAUUUUGACAAGCCAAAAAAAUUUAACCCCAAAAGAGACUAUAUUGUAUUUGUGACCGAAACGCACUCAGGAUUAGAUCAUCUAAAACAAAUGAUAAGCAGCGCUCAUUCAUCGAGCGACGAUGUAAAUCACUUUCGCAAUAGCAUUUUUGGAGAAGUCGAGAAAGCAUAUAGUAAUAUUCAUGACAUUAUCUUAGAAGAGGCAUGCAUAGAUAGGCAUGACGGUCAGAUUAAUCAAAAAGUGUUCAAUUUCUUACUAAGAGUAAAAAUUUUAGAAUUUACCCAAGGUCAUAUAAGUAAUAUCAAAACUAUAAUAGGCAAUUACAAAAAUUGCAAUACAGAUGAAGCCCUAAAAACGUGGAACUCACUGUGUAAAGAAGUCGCCAAAGAUAACGAAAGGGCUGGAAUAAUCACUCGCGAGCCCUUACCGGAACGCUAUGAAAAACUCUUCGCUAAAAUACAAAACGACCCUAUAUCAGACAUAGAUUUAUUUGGAGAAGAAAACUUUCCACCAGUAGAUGAUUAUUUUACCGGCAGACAAAAGGACUUAAUAAAAAUGAAAGAGAAGCUAUUCUCUCCAGAUCCUAAAAAAAAGGAAGAAGAGAAAAAAUUGCUCACCCUUCUAGGUUUAGGUGGAGUCGGAAAAACUUAUUUAGCGCUGAAAUUUCUUCAUAACGCCAAAGACCACCACGAAAGCAUAAAAUGUAGACUAUUUUUUAACGCCGACGAUGAGGAAACUUUAACCAAUUCAUACAUUGAAUUGGCUCGUCAUCUAAAUAUUCUAUCAGGAAAGUUGCAAAUAGUAAGUCAAAUCAGGAAAGUCAAAGGAUGGCUUUGUAAUAAUACAGGCUGGAUCAUUUUAUUCGAUAAUGCAACAAUGAAAUAUAAAGACCUCAUUAAAUACAUACCUCAAAAGGGAGGGUAUAUUGUUAUCACAACACGCUGCGAUAGCUUUGAUGUCAACAAAAUCCAAAUUGAUAUAAUGACAAUAGAGGAUUCCAUCGAACUACUGGAGAAGGAAAUAGGAGAUUUCGAAAAUGUCCUUGAAAUGAAUAAAGAUGAACUCAAUGAACUAGUUCAAUUACUUGACUGUUUACCUUUAGCACUUGUUCAAGCAGCAGGCUAUAUUAAAUUUAAAUACAUGAAAAUCAGAGCAUAUAUCAACUUAUAUAAAGAGAACUAUGAGAAGCGAAAAGAAAUGCUGGAAUUUAAUACCCCGGAACGCCCUAAUCAACAUAUCCCAGUUUAUCUCACUUGGGAUAUGAGUUUCAAUGUAAUUAAAAACACAGACUAUGCUGAAAAUAUUAUAACACUGUGUGCCUAUCUGUCACCUAAUGGUAUCCACGAAUCACUCUUGCUUCCUCUAACAGAGGGAAAUCACAAAGCUCUAGAUGAAGUAUUAAAGACUCUAUUCAGUCUAUCAUUGGUUAAAAGAAUAGGAUAUGAAGUAAUUAGCAUUCACAAAGUUUUACAAGAGGUGAUUCAAGUCAAACAAAGGCAAGACGAAAAACAUAAGCAAUGGAUCGAGAAAGCAAUAGAUAUUCUUGCCGAGAAAUUCAAAUGGGACAGAAACAAAAAGGACUCUAUCGAUUUAGCUAAAAGUUUAAUUGUCCACAUUACAUGCGCCUUAGAUCUGGCCAAAGAAGCUAAUCUUAAUUCUAAUAAAAUAACGUUUUUAUUACAUAGAAUUGGUGUCUACUAUUUGGAUAUCGAAAGCCUAAACUCACUGGCUGAGGGCUAUUUAAGGCGUUCGUUAGAGGGAAAUACUGGCGACAGCGAUAUUAGGAAAAGAACAUAUCGACAACUAUUUAAGUGUCUAAUUCGUGCAGAAAAUUAUACUGAAGCAAAAGAAAUACUUGAAAUAAUUUUACCGGCAGACGAAAAAAAUUAUUCAAUAGAUGAUCACUGCAAUUUGGCUCUCUUAUUAAUGAAUUCCAAAGGCGUACUAGUUGUCAAAGCUAUCAUUGGAUACUUCACUUUAUCGCCAUCAAGGCAUGGAUCAGUCGAGAUCUAUUCGGGACAGAAAAAGCGAGAACAUUUAAAGGAAGCGCAAAAGCAACUAGGCGAGGCACGAAAAAAGAUUGAAGAAAAUAACAGUCAUCAAAAUGGGGCGGUACAUGCCAAGGUACUUCAUUACUCAGGCCUCUGUUUAUAUAAACAGAAGCAGUAUAAUGAAGCAAAAAGUUUUUUUGACAAUUCCUUGAAACUAAAACGCGAUUAUUACAAUGAAGAUCACUUUGAAAUUGCUCGAACCCAUCAUGAAAUUGGGCGUUGUUACUAUAUACAAAAGCAGUAUGAAAACUCUAUAAAAGAAUUCGACGAAGCUCUUAGAAUCAGGCGAAAAUAUUAUAAUAGUACGCAAACAUUAUCCACUUUAAUUUAUUUAGCUAAGUCAUAUAAGAACACCGGUGAAGUAGAAAAGCGUAAACUGGCAAUAACGCUAUUAGAGGAAGGACUCAAAAUUCAAGAGAGAUUAAAGCUUUCGCUAGAUAUUACAUUGAUAUUGCUUGCAAAAAUUUCUCUUGAUUUAAAUAGAAGAGAGGAUUGUAUCCGUUACAUUGAAAGAAUAAGCAAUAAAAGUAAAUUAUCUAGGGAACUCAAGUCCGUUGGCGAAACCGACGUUAUUAAUUUUUCUAAACAAGAACCCAAACUCUCAACUGAAGAAGCCUUAACUGACAACUCCGAAAACACGGACAGUGUAGAAAUAUCCGAUGAUUAA